AUGACGCUCAGCGCAUCAUCCACCUGCACCGCCACCUGGCAGUUCCUCUCGCGUCCCGAUCUCAACGUCCCCAUCCUCAACAUCACCCACAACACCCCGUCUGCCAGUCAGCUCUCCCCCGGCUUGCUCUUCAUCUCCCCCUUCUCUGGCGACUCGGAUCACGAUGAGCUGGCAUCGCCUCCACAGCCAGGUCCUUACAUCUUUGAGCCUCACUCUGGUCAGCUGGUUUGGAGCGGCUUUGCGCAGUACACUGCCGGCUGGACCGUCAGCUUGCACAAGACGCGCUUCAAGGGCAAGGAUGCGCUGCUGGCCUUUGAGGGCAAACACAAUGCUUUGCACGGCCAUGGCCACGGUCACCUGACCCUGCUUGACCAGUCGUAUGGCCUCAUCAAGAGCGUGGGAGCGGGUCAUCAUCGCUUGGUGGACAAGCACGAGGCGCAGGUGAUUGCAGAUGGAGCUUCCGCACUUGUUCAGAUCUACCAUCCCGUGCCCGGGUAUGGUUUGCAGCAGAGUGCAGGCGAGGGCGGUGAGGAGGGUGGCGAGGGCGGUGAGGAGGGCGAGGAGGGCGAGCAGCAUGAUCACGUUCACCGACAGUGGGUCGUCGAUGCGCAAUUCCAAGAGGUGGAUGUGCAGACGGGCAGGACGCUGUUCGAGUGGCACUCGCUCGAUCACGUGCCCGUGCACCACUCCAACAUCAGCCUCGUCGGUGGUCAGGCGGGCAAUGGCACCUCUUCCCAGCAGGCUUGGGAUUACUUUCACAUCAAUUCCGUCGACAAGGAUAGGCACGGCGAUUACCUCAUCUCUGCCCGCGACGUCAAUUCAGUGUACAAGAUUUCGGGCAAGACUGGCCGCAUCAUCUGGGCCCUCGGUGGUCGCAACACGCACAACAAGGACUUUGAGCAUCUCGAUGAUCAGGUCGCCUUCUCCUACCAACACCACGCCAAAUUCCACGGUUAUGACCACAAUGGCAGGCAGCUCAUCUCCCUCUACGACAAUAGCGCUCACGGCACAGAGACGGGCGCAGGCACAGAGGUUCGCGAUGCCAAGACCUCAUCGGGCAAGAUCAUCGCCCUCGACACGUCUGCCGACAGGUCAAAGGGAGGCAAAUGGACAGCUCGCACUUGGCGCGCAUUCUAUCCUCCAUUCGAUCUGCUCUCCAAGAGCCAGGGUUCGACGCAUCUCCUGCAAGAUGGUCACGUCGUCGUCAAUUGGGGUUCCGAGGGUGCGGUGACCGAGUUCAACGAUGCGGGAGAGGUGCUGUGGCACGCUUUCCUCGCAUCCAACAGCCAUCACCCAGAAGCGGCGCGCGAUGGACACGUGCAGAAUUACAGGGCCUUUAAAUCGACGUGGAGCGGCCACCCUGCAGAGGAGCCGGCAGUGGUGGGACUGGCAUACCGAAGCGAUGAGGACGGCAAGCUCUUGCCCUUCAAGGCGCGUGGCAAUGCGCGUGGAGCAGCACCUUUGAAAGCGCACAUCGUACUCGCAGCCAGUUGGAACGGCGACACCGAGGUGCGAGCGUGGAAAUUCCAGCGUCGUCGCAAGCCUGCUCACGAGACGCGCACUUGGUCCGAUUGGUCCUUCAUCGCUUCCUCCAUCAAGCGUCUCGAGGGCUGGCGUGGCGUGCAUCACCUGGCCACCAAGCCGCGUUCUGGCUUCGAGACGCGGGCAGUGGUGGGCGUCGAGAGCGUUGGCUUGGCCAGCGAGCUCCACAAGCACCAGAUCCGAGCGAUUGCUUUGGACGCAAGAGGCAGGACGCUCACAGUGACCAGGUGGGAGGAUAUCGACACGCAGAGGCCGGUCCCCCCGCAGCUGCAGGAGAUUGAUGCAGCCGGGGACGCAACUGCAUUUGUGGUGCAGACAGCGCAUCACUAG